AUGUCUUUUUGGACAAUGAACUUGAGCAAAAUUCAGCAGGGAAUUGCCUCUUUCAUUAGCCCUAGCCCUACUACAGAAGCACACUUUACCCAAGAAAUCCAAAGUAAUGUGCCCAAUAAUCGUAUCAUCAAAAGCAGUGCUCCACCUCCUACUAUUCCUGGGCACAUGAAUACCAUUACAACCAAUCAGCACAUGGUCUCAUCACAAUCACAACUUCCUUUUUAUCAUACCUCCAACUAUAUGCACUCCACACUUCCACUUGUGUCUCAUCCACAAAUCAAUGGUCAAUAUUUCAUGGUCCCUCCUUCCAACUUUACACCAGCAAUUCCAUAUCAUCCUGUUUCAGGUUCCACUCAAGUACCAACUUUGCUUCCAUCCCAAACUACCAACCAGCACCAUUUGUCUAGUGAACAGCAGAUUGCAAAUCAGAUCCCAAUGGAGGUCCAUUUGCCUUCCCCCACUUUAGACAAAAACACACUUCAAUUGCAGACACAUCUUCAUCUGCAAAACCUGGAUAUUCGGCUAAGGGCUGAGAGCAGAUCCCAGCAGAUCCCAGUGCUGAAAGCACCGAAAGCAACAUGCUCUGGGUGCUUUCACUGCUGGGAAGUGCUCUCAACUGCUUUCGGACCGUUAGCCGAAAAUACAGGUUUUGCAGAUGUUUCUCCUGAGAAAAAUCAGACCUUGGCAUUCACCCCUACUUUCUCAAAUCAAGUGGGCUCUGCUCAACCUGAUAUUCCCUUGACAGGCCCUUAUGUCAACAGGGACACCCAAUAUGUCUGUUUGAGUGAUCUUCCAGAGGGAAAAUGUGUAUUUUUGCAAUCAGAUUGA